AUGGCAGCAAACAAUGCAUACCCUAUAUCAUCAAACUCACGUACAAAAUUGAACGCGUUUCGCUUCCAAAAAGGCGAACUGGUUUCCAACGACGCCACUUCGAAAGACGUGACGGAAUUAGCCGAUGGAAGCAAAAAACACAAGAAUUUGAGCACCAACGAAGUGGUAGAGCCGAUGCAGGUGUCUUCUGACAAAGGAUGUCCUCCGCUUCGUGCAGCUAAAGCACCUGAACCUCAAAUACAAGAAUCAAAGCCGAUUGAAGAAUGCCCUCAGACUCCGGGAAACAGGAUACCUCUGGCGGAUUUGAUCAGUAACGCCGAGGAUUCGUUCGAUCCCACACCAGGCCCGGAGGUGACGCCAGUCGAGCAUGUCAUCUGGCAGCAUGUGCCUGCCAGCUCGAACCCAGACACCUCAUCCCAAACACCAGCGGGUCGUCGCAGGAAGCGCCGGCACAGUUCUUCGCCUGCUGGCUCCCCGACGAACGGGAAUAAGAAAAAAGUUCUAAAGGAAGCCCUUGAUCUUCAUUCAAUGCAAGCCCUCUUCAAGACACCACAGCAUGAUAUGGCUGCUGAAUUGUGGAAUAACUACAUGGAUAAAAACAUGGUCGAUGGCCCGGAUGAUCUUCCACCGCCACGAUUCGCGAAUCUUUUUUCCUCGUCGCCCCAGACACCAGGUUCAGGUAGAAAAAGUCGAGACUCGUCGGGGCUGAGACGUGCGAUUAGCUGCACUACCGAUUUCCCCACCUCUCGAACAAAACGACGACGAGUUAAUAGAUUAGAUGUUGGUCUCAGUCGUGGCAUUCAACGGACCAGCAGCAAUGUCGAAUCUGGGAGACCAAAGUCUUCGAGGAUUAACUAUCUUAUGGAGAAGAUCGAGAAAAGUAUCCACAUGGCCCCUGCCGACGCGGGUCUACCUGGAUCGUCGCCUCUGCGCCAACAUAUGGAUGCGCGAAGGUGUCGAUCGUCUUCACCUACGAAGCACAAUAAGCUUCACGAGGCUGAUGAAGAAACCACCAAAUCCCCAUGUGCUUUUCAAUUUGAGAAAGCAAAACCGGGACAACUGCCUGUUCUUCAAGAGUCGUCCUCCGAGUUUGGAGACGAUGAUCUUGAUCAAGGCCUAAUGGACCUGGCUGAUGCCUCAGAGGAUCCUUUCAUUGGGCCUGCAAAUCUGUCUAAUGAGUUUGCUUCUCUGGGGUCUUCUGGCUGGGCUGCCCUUGUUGCAGAAAAGUCUCGCCCAUGGCAGCCCAAAAAGAUUUCAAUUCCGGACAGCAAAUCCUCCAUUUCCAUACCCCAUGACACUACGACUAACGAAACAAAACGUGAUGAAUUUGAUGACUUUGAAGAUGAAUAUGAUGAUCUGCCUGACAACUUGCAGGAAAUUCUUGCAAAAUGUGACACAAAUCCCGUUUCGGUCAAUUUCUCAAAGCCAACAACUACUGUGCCACCUUUGCAAAAGCUAGAUGCAACGAAUGUCACGGUGAAUGGGAGUAUGCAUAGCAAACCCCUAACCGCCGCAUCUGUCAAACCUGAGGUUGUAUCAUCGGAUGAUGAGUUUGAUGAUGACUUUGAUCUGGAGGCUAUUGAGCAAACUAUGAAGCAAGCAGGUGAAGGAAGACCCGCUUAUGAGUUGCUAGUUGAAGACGAGAAGACCCAAGACCGCAAGGUUAUCGUCUUGCGAGAGUCGUGGUUUGACACCCCCUGCAGCACUGACUCGUUUAUCCACCUUGUCGGGGACUUCAACUCAGCCGGCCAAUGCGUUGUGGAUAAUUUAAACCACAUGAUCAUCCUUCACCCCGACCAUCUCAUUUCUGCUACGGUCGUAGCAGACUCGAUGGACUGCCAGCGACGAGCUGUCCUUCAAGAUAGAGUCAAAGUCAUUGCCGCACUCGAGCGACCACAAGCCUUCGGAGUGUUUUUCCACGAAGUUUUUCAAGAGGCCCUCAAAGCGAACCAAUGGGAUAUGGAGUCAUUGAAGACGUUGGUUGAAACUGUCAUGGGCAGACACAUUGAAGAGCUGUACUCGAUUCAAAUGAGUAUCCCUGAAGCUGUUGAAUACCUCAUGAGCAGGAUGCCUGCUGUUCUCGACUGGGCAGAUGCUUUCCUGCAUCUCAAACCACAGGCCAAGUCUAUGGUUGAAGACCGCAAUAACACUAAGCUUAACUUGAGUAUCAACAAAUUGCUUGAGGUAGAGGAGCAUAUUUGGUCCCCAAUGUAUGGCCUUAAAGGCAACAUCGAUGCGACAGUACAAGUCACUUGUCACGAGGAUAAAAUGGAGAAGAACCUGGUGGUUCCGCUAGAGCUCAAAACCGGACGAAGGGAUACAAACCAGUCACAUAGGGCCCAGACAGCCCUCUACACUCUACUCCUGUCGGAUCGCUAUGAUAUCGAUGUUACAUUCGGGCUUCUCUACUACCUUGAGUUGACGAAAACACUCAGUAUCCGUGGGAUCCGACAUGAAUUGCUCCAGAUGAUCCAGGUGCGCAAUCACCUCGCUGGCUAUAUUCGCGAAAGGCAGCAGCUUCCACCAAUGUUGAAGAAAGCGCGUCAAUGCAUUCGAUGCUAUGCCAAGACCCCUUGCCUAAUCUAUCACAAGCUCUCCGAGGAUGGCAAUGGUGAAACCAGCGCACUUGGCGAGGAUUUCGAUGCAGCUGUCGGGCAUCUGAACAACGGUGAUCGAGACUUUUUUCGUAAAUGGGAUGAACUCUUGACCAAAGAAGAGGGCAAUCUUGUGAAAUUCCGGCGAGAACUUUGGACGUUGCUGAGCAGCGAGCGAGAAGCCCUGGGCCGAUGCUUCGGGGAUGUCGUUAUCGAUCCACAUUCUGUGUAUGAGGAGAACACCGGGACAAAGAUAAAUCGCUACCAUUAUACGUUCGUCAAGAGACAAGCGCUUCCUGAUUUCUCCUUUGCUGAAUCUCAGAUAUCCGUGGGUGAACCAAUUGUCAUUUCAGAUGAAAAGGGCCAUUUUGCUCUCGCCAAUGGAUAUGUGGUCCAUGUCAGUUCGUCGCACAUCCAAGUUGGGGUGGACCGGAAACUCCACAAUGCACGAUCAAAGACAGCAGGCUUCGAUGCGGUCACAAACCAGUCUUUUAGGGGAAUCAUGGAGGUUGGAAAAGAAGAGCCUGCUGCCCUGGAAACCCCAGAUGAACAACUCGUCUAUCGGAUCGACAAAGACGAGUUCAGUAACGGCAUGGCUAUUGUUCGAAACAACCUCAUCUGUAUGAUGGAUAAAGACUUGUUUCAAGCAAGACAACUUCGACGGCUCAUUGUUAAAGGACAGGCGCCCGCUUUCAAGACGACAUCAUCUUCCCAUAAUAUCUCCGACCCUGACAACCUCAACGUUGAUCAAAGACAAGCCAUUGACAAAGUGAUGAGCGCCAAAGAUUAUGCUCUUGUCCUUGGAAUGCCUGGGACUGGCAAAACCACAACCAUUGCCCACAUCAUCAGAGCCCUCGUCGCACAAGGCAAAAGUGUUCUUCUUACGUCUUACACCCACACUGCAGUUGACAACAUUCUGCUGAAGAUUCGAGACGACAAGAUUCAUGUGCUGCGUAUAGGUGCAACGGCCAAAGUUCAUCCAGAUGUUCAGGAAUUUGCAGAUCUUGCCGCAAUCCCGAAAGCAACCAUUGAAGAACUCAGGGAUUCAUACGAAAAGCCGCAGGUUGUUGCCACUACAUGCCUCGGUGUCAACCAUAACAUUUUCAAUCAACGCAUCUUUGACUAUUGUAUUGUCGACGAGGCGUCGCAGAUCACGCUCCCAGUCUGCCUCGGCCCGAUUCGUAUGGCGAGGACUUUCAUCCUAGUCGGUGAUCACUAUCAAUUACCGCCGCUUGUACAGAAUAAGGCGGCCCAGGAAGGAGGACUUGACAUCAGCCUCUUCAAACUCCUCUCGGAUGCACAACCGGAUUCAGUUGUCAACCUCGAGCACCAGUACCGCAUGUGUGAGGAUAUCAUGUUACUUUCCAACACCCUGAUUUACUCGGGCCGUCUUAAAUGCGGCACGCCGCAGGUAGCAGCCCGGUCUUUGGACAUACCAAACAUCAACGCCCUAGGAAAAUUCCAUGUCGAGGACUUGGCCCAUUCUCAGUCACAGUCCCAACGAGAAAUCUGCCCAGGUACCCCCACUAGCCCCUGCUGGCUCCGGGACUUACUGGAGCCAUUUUCCAAAACGCGCCUGGUCAACACCGAUCCCAUCGGCCCCGCGGCCCUCGAGAUAGCACAGGGAAAUCGUGUCGUGAAUCACAUGGAGGUCUUCCUCUGCUCGCAACUCGUAGAUUCAUUCAUUGCCUGUGGUAUUCCCGCGCGCAAUAUUGGUGUGAUCACUUUCUACCGCAGCCAACUCUCCCUCCUUCGUCAGAGCCUGCGACGCUACACCCCAGAUCUAGAAAUGCAUACUACAGACAAGUUCCAAGGCCGGGACAAAGAGGUCAUCAUCCUGAGCUGCGUCCGCAGUAAUGCUGAAAACAAUGUCGGCGAGCUCCUACGUGACUGGCGUCGUGUCAACGUUGCCUUCACCCGCGCCCAGACCAAGCUCCUGGUUGUUGGCAGCAGAUCCACUCUCCGUGAUGGCAAUGAGCUCCUCUGCAAAUACGUGCGUCUGGUGGAAAGCAAAGGCUGGGUUUAUAACCUGCCCAGUGGAGCAAUAGACAAGCAUUUCUUCCCUUCUUGUGCCACGCAGUCGCAGCUCGUGUCUCCCGGCACGGCCUUGGCUUCUGGCUCUGCUAAGGACAAAGGUAAGGGCAAGAACGAGUCACCUUCUUCUCGAAUCACCCGUGAACCACUAAGCCCACUGGGCUCCCGACAACCAGCGCCCGGCCGUCGAAAGCCUUCCAAGACGGGUGCAAAGUUGUUCAACGGCACGGACGUGGUUGGAAAUCGGCCCAUUCUGCGAGACAUCGUGAAUGAUCUGACGGGCUAG